AUGAAAAAGGUUGAUAUUAAGAAAAGCAUGUACAGCAAAGACGUAAUAAUCAUUACCAAAAAUGAAAGAUUAAAAAAAGAUUUAACAGCGUUCUUCGUAGGUGGAUCACCAUCAGAACGAUCUGGAAAAGGAUGUUGUGGUCAAUGGUUUGCUGGUCCACCAUUACGUUCAUUAAUAGCUGUUGUAGCAUUAGGUGGUGUUGCAUGUGCUUUAGGUGGUGCUGCAUUAGGUGCAACUGGUUUAGCUGGUCCACCGUCAUCACACUUAACCGCGGCGUUACUUAUGAUAGGUGUUGGUGUAAUAUUAGUUACAGUUAGUGGAGCUGCAUGGCGUAUGACUGCACCAGGUGGUCCACCAUGUUUAGGUUUAGGUUCAACAGUCGAUUUAGGUCGUUGUGGUAGACGACCAUGUAGUCGUGGUGGUGGUGCACCACAUGGUCUAUUAUAUCCAGAAUUUCAACAUAGACCACCGCCACCAUCAUAUCAGGCUAGUAUGCAGGAAUAUAGAUUAAGAUUGUUAUUAUUGGAUCGAGACCGACAAAAUGGUGUUGUAAGAGGUGGUUCACCACCACCAACUUAUAGAUCACAUGCUGGUAGUUUACUAAGGACACCCUUGAGUACAAAUCCACGCAGUGGAAAUAUUAAUGGUCACGUUGGAACAUUUAGUAGUGUUGGUGGUCCUGGUUCUGAAUACAGUUUACCACCAAGUUACCGAUCAAGAAAUAUUACAACAGCAAUAACCAAUAGUACUCCAAACGAUAAUUCAAAUUCUAUAAAAACUAUUAAUGGCAAUAAUAAUAGUAAUUCUUUAUCAUUAAAUCCUUCAACAAUAAUCCAUAGUGAAGCUAUUGAUAGUAAUACUGAUAGUAUUGAAUCAACUUUAGGUGGAAAUAUCAGCAACGAGAAUAAAAGUAAUAACAACAGCACUCAAUUAGAUUCAUUACUAUCAAUAACGAAUAAUAAUAAAAAUAGCAACAAUAAUAAUAAUUGCAAUAUAAUGGAAUUUGAGACACCAAUUUCAGCUAGAACAGAAUCAUCAACUGACUCACCAUCACCACCAACAAGAAAAAAUUAUUCAACACAAACUGCAACAGCAAAUGAAUUAUCAAAUAAAUUAUUAACGAAACGUGAUGAUAAUCUUAAAUCAACAAUAAUAAAACAAAAUGAUACAACAUCAAUUUUACAUAAUCAAAAUCCAGAUUCUAUCAGUAACAAUAAUAAUAGAAAUUAUGAUUCGAGAAUGGUUGAUAAGUGA